UGUGGAAAGUGUGCGGGAGGGGCGGAGCGGGCGGAGAGGAGGCGGCGGCGUGGAGCUGCCUCCCGCCGGCGGGCCGGGCGCUGCGGCGACGCCGGGAUCCUGCGUCCGCCAGGCCGGCUGCCCGGCGCCCGGAGGAGGCUGCUGAGCCCCGGGCCAUGGUCCCCUCUCGCAGGACGUGGAACCUGGGAGCCACGCCCUCGCUGCGGGGCCUGUGGAGAGUGGGCCGGGCCGGGGAGCCCGCGCCGGGGAUGGCUCGCCCCGCCCCAGCCCCAGCCAGCCCGGCCGCCCGCCCUUUCCCACACACCGGCCCGGGGAGGUUGAGAACUGGGCGUGGAAAAGACACCCCCGUCUGCGGUGACGAGGAAUCUGGUGCCCGAAGUACAGUUCGCCCAGCCCUGGCUCAGUGCCGAGCCCUCAGCGUGGACUGGACGGGCCCCGGGAGCCCUCACGGGCUCUAUCUAACCGUGCAGCAGGCCCUGCAGGACAAGGGGUGCAAGGGCAAGAGUCAGGGGACGAAAGAAGAGAAGCUCCUGAAGAGGCAGGCGCCAGCCCCCAGGCGGGACCGCGAGGCCCCGGAAGCUGGCGGCGCCAUGAAUGUAGAGAAAACAGGUGGGCGGCUCUUUGGCAGCGGGAGGUGCUCAAGCCUGGCAGGGCCGCCAGGUGCGGCCCCCGUGGUGCAUAGGAUGGUGGAGGCCAUGUCCCGGCUUCAGGAGGAGAAAGCCCAGCUCCAGGAGGAGCUGGCGGUCCUACAGGAGCAGCUGGUCCUCCGCGACAGUGACCAGCAAGCCACAUCCACCCAGCUGCAGAACCAGGUGGAGAACCUGAAGGAGAAGCUCCUUAGCCAGGCCCAGGAAGUGAGCCGACUCCGGGCGGCGCUGGGGGGCACCGACUUGGAGAAGCACCAGGACCUGCUGAUGGUGGAGAAUGAGCGGCUGAGGCAGGAGAUGCGGCGCUGCGAGGCGGAGCUGCAGGACCUGCGGGCGACGCCAGCCACCCCUUGCCCGGGCUGCGAGCACAGCCAGGAGAGUGCCCAGCUCCGGGACAAGCUGUCCCAGCUGCAGCUGGAGGUGGCGGAGAACAAAGGCAUGCUGUCCGAGCUGAACCUGGAGGUGCAGCAGAAGACCGACCGGCUGGCCGAGGUGGAGCUGCGGCUCAAGGACUGCCUGGCGGAGAAGGCGCAGGAGGAGGAGCGGCUCAGCCGGCGCCUGCGCGACAGCCACGAGACCAUCGCCAGCCUGCGGGCCCAGUCCCCGCCUGUCAAGUAUGUCAUCAAGACAAUAGAGGUGGAGUCGCCCAAGACCAAGCAGGCCCUCAGUGAGUCCCAGGCCCGGAACCAGCACCUGCAGGAGCAGGUGGCCAUGCAGAGGCAGGUGCUGAAGGAGAUGGAGCAGCAGCUGCAGAGCUCGCAUCAGCUGACCAUGCAGCUCCGGGCACAGAUCGCCAUGUACGAGUCGGAGCUGGAGCGGGCGCACGGGCAGAUGCUGGAGGAGAUGCAGUCCCUGGAGGAGGAUAAGAACCGGGCCAUCGAGGAGGCCUUCGCCAGAGCCCAGGUGGAGAUGAAGGCCGUGCACGAGAACCUGGCAGGUGUCCGGACCAACCUGCUGACGCUGCAGCCAGCACUGCGGACGCUCACGAACGACUACAAUGGGCUCAAGCGGCAGGUGCGCAGCUUCCCGCUGCUCCUGCAGGAGGCCCUCAGGAGCGUCAAGGCCGAGAUCGGCCAGGCCAUUGAGGAGGUCAACAGCAACAACCAGGAGCUGCUGCGCAAGUACCGCCGGGAGCUGCAGCUACGCAAGAAGUGCCACAACGAGCUCGUGCGGCUAAAAGGGAACAUCCGGGUGAUUGCUCGUGUCCGGCCUAUCACCAAAGAAGACGGGGAAGGACCUGAGGCAGCCAACGCUGUGACCUUCGAUCCCGAUGAUGACUCCAUCAUCCACCUACUGCACAAGGGCAAGCCUGUAUCCUUCGAGCUGGACAAGGUCUUCUCCCCGCGGGCAUCGCAGCAGGAUGUGUUCCAGGAGGUCCAAGCCCUGAUCACCUCCUGCAUCGAUGGCUUCAACGUCUGCAUCUUUGCCUACGGCCAGACGGGCGCCGGCAAGACGUACACGAUGGAGGGGACCCAUGAGAACCCAGGCAUCAACCAGCGGGCGCUGCAGCUGCUCUUCUCCGAGGUCCAGGAGAAGGCGUCCGACUGGGAGUACACCAUCAGCGUCAGCGCGGCCGAGAUCUACAACGAGGUCCUCAGGGACCUGCUGGGGAAGGAGCCUCAGGAGAAGCUGGAGAUCCGGCUGUGCCCCGACGGCAGCGGGCAGCUGUACGUGCCGGGGCUGACGGAGUUCCGCGUGCAGAGCGUGGCCGACAUCAACAAGGUGUGGGCUGCGAGGGGCCUGGGGGCGGGGAGUGCUGGGGCCACCCGGCCGCAGCAGCUGCUCAGAGCACAGCACCUUGUUUGCGUGCAGGAAACAGCAGGGAAGCUGAACCUGGUGGACUUGGCUGGUUCGGAGCGCGUUGGCAAGUCCGGGGCUGAGGGCAGCCGCCUGCGGGAGGCACAACACAUUAACAAGUCGCUGUCGGCCCUGGGGGACGUCAUUGCUGCCCUGCGCUCCCGCCAGGGCCACGUGCCCUUUCGCAACUCUAAGCUCACCUACCUGCUGCAGGACUCGCUCAGUGGUGACAGCAAGACCCUCAUGGUGGUGCAGGUGUCCCCCGUGGAGAAGAACACCAGCGAGACGCUCUAUUCCCUCAAGUUCGCGGAGCGGGUGCGCUCGGUGGAGCUGGGCUCCGGGCCACGCCGGGCAGAGCUUGGGUCCUGGUCGAGCCAGGAGCAUCUAGAGUGGGAGCCGGCCUGCCAGACCCCGCAGCCCUCCGCCCGAGCCCAUUCGGCCCCCAGCUCCGGGACCUCGAGCCGCCCUGGCUCCAUCCGCAGGAAGCUGCAGCCCUCAGCCUGACGGCUGGGGCUGCAGAGUGUCUAGGGAAGUCGAGGCCGAUGCCUGUGUGAUGGAUGCGCCACCUGCCGGGCCGGGACCUGGUCCCCGAGGCCUUGCUGGUCUGCUCCUGCUGCAGCGCCAGGACCCCGGGAGGCGGAGGCAAGAGUGGAGGCUCCUCUUCUGCCCUGUCUCCCCUCAGAGAUGAGAAACACGUUCGGAAGGAAACAGUGGCUCUCGGCUGUGGCUCUGGGUGCAAAUGGCGUGGGCUGGAAGGGCAGGCCUGGGCUCUCCGAGAGCUGGGCCCUCGUGGGGAGGGCAGGAGUGUGGGAGGUGGGACUCUUGCCUGGGCUGGCCCAACUCCCUUCCCCGGCCGGCAGGGCUGGGCGCCCUCCUUAGGGUGGACUUAAGAGCCUCCAGGCGGGUACAGCAGCCAUGGAACUGGGGCUGGUUGGUGGCACCAACCAGGGCAGCCCUGCCCACCACUGUCCCCUAAGAAGGGGACCCCACAGCUGGGCAUGUACAUAGUGUUCCUAGGUGUACAUAAGGCAGGGCCCUCCUGCCUUGGGGCCGGGCUGUAUUUAUGGCUGGCAGGAGGCCAGUGGGCGGUACCCUCGUCUGCGGGCACCAGGCUCUCCUUGCUCACUGGCCUCUUGACAGUUUCCUCCCUCUGAAAUCCUAUUUAAGAACUUUUGGAAGCUUAGCCAUUUUUACUUAUUAAAAUAAA